AUGUACCACAAUCAUAACAAUAGCGAACAAUUCACUUCAACGCCCACUAUGCCAGUUGUGACUGAAAGUACAUUCCAAUCGUCAGCUUCGAGUUCAAUCGUGACAUCUCUUUCAACUUUGCAAGCCACCACUUUUGAACAAACCUCCCCUCCUCCUUCCCCGGCUACUUUGCUACCAACAACUUUAACACAAACCCAGUCCCCGACCGCAUCCUCAACCACUGCACAACCAGAUACCGCUCCAACAACUUAUUCUACUUCAGCACCCUCUCAAUCAACAACACCGGCAUCACCUCAACCACCUACUUCAUCUUACACUUUCCCAGCACCACCACCGUUGUCACAGAUCUCAUCUUCUACACCACAGUCGACUAAUUCAGAACCGACUCCGCCUACGGCAAUUUUACAACCAACUACUUUAGCACCAUCUACAUCAGAAGAAAGUCUUCCUUCAACUACGCCAGCACCAUGCCAGGAAACGACUCUUGCCACAAUAGUGCCAACUACUGUAGAUGCAACAAACCCCUCUACAAAUGCUCCAACAUUAGCAUCAACUUUGCAGCCAACAACACCGGAAUCAGCUGGACCUCCUUUUUCUCAAUCCUCCUUGCCGUCAACCCAGUUCUCGUCACCUGUAUCAGAGCCAACAACACUUGGAUCAACGCAACCCCCUACACAGCCCUCGACAUCACUUCCACCUUCGCCACCUAACUCACAAACAACCACUUCACAGGAAACCCUUCCUCCUGCCUUCCCAUCCACUGCACCAUCCACUGUAGAGCCAACCCAACCUCUAAUUUCCCCAUCUACUUCGACGCCACUUCCAACUUCAACGUCCAUCCCGGAAACUAGUUUAGCAGAACUAGUCACCUCUCCUACACUUCCUCCAACUGAGCCCUGUACUUCACAAACAACUGAAUUAGAAUCAAACGAGCCCUCGACUUCGGUUCCAACUUCAGAAACAAGUCCUUCAGAAUCCAUGACGUCCACUAACCUUCCGCCGUUUACGAUGGAAAUAAGCACAUCAGAAUCA